AUGGUGAUGCAUGGAAGCGGCUGCACUCUCUCGAGUCUGGUCAGGAACAUCAAGCGGUUAGACCUUUCUGAACCAGUUACAGUAGGCGUUCGUCCCAUCAACGGCACCUUUCGUGAAGCUGACUUAUUACGCCAGCAAUGUCUAGCACCCCGACUCACGCGCGGCUUCGCAACGCCGACCGAUCUGCCAACGAUAACGACACCCAUCAACAUUCCGGGCUCAAGAGUCCUUAAGCCACCGCGCAAACAUAUCAACCCUAACGUUGAUCUCAGUCUUUACGCUCCGCCUCAGUUGCUCACUACGAUACACUCUUGGCCGAGCCUAGAACCGCAGCGCUAUGCUUGGUACGAGUCAGACCAUCUGGGCGUACCACUGAGAAGAGACCUGCUACACCGAGCAGUCAUCUUCGAAGCCGACAACAAGCGAACGGGAGCCGCCCACAUGCCUCACCGGACAGAGAUGAUUGGUAGCAAGCGCAAGCUUCACAAACAGAAGGGCACAGGCAGAGCUCGUGUUGGAGAUAGAUUCUCACCAAUUCGAGAAGGGGGAGCGCGUGCCCACGGACCCCGCAAAGAACGAAGUUUCGCCACAGAAUUGCAGCGCAAGAUUUACGACAAGGCGUGGCGGAUAGCACUAAGCCAUCGCUACCGACUCGGUGAGCUCGUGGUUGUUGGGGACCAGAUCGGUUUGCAAAAGGAGCAGGGUACAUGGUUCCUCAAGAACUUCCUGGAACAGAAUCAGUGGGGAAAGAGGCACGGCCGUUGCCUGUUCAUUUCCGGUACAAACAGCAUAGGACCCGCCAUGGAGGAGCUCGCGGACCACGGAGCACUAAAGACUGCCAGAGAUGUUGAUGUGAAGGAUCUCUUGAGCAUGGGCAGGCUAGUCAUCGAGCAGAGGAUUCUCAACAGGCUGCUGCAGGAUCAUUCGAGUGACCUGUCCACCCACAAACGCUUGCCCACUCUCGGUCGCUCGAAAACGGCCAAGUUCAGCAACGUUGGCGCCAACGUUGCGGAGGAGUUCGUGUACGAGGACGAGGAAUUUGAUGAGAAUGAAGACUUCGAUGAGGAGGCUGAGGACGCGGCGUACGAUUUUGAGGAGGCCGACGGAGAGAUCUUUGAAGAAAGCGCUGGUGAAGCGGAGGCGGUCGUGCAGCCAACAGACGGCAAGGCAGCCCUGUAA